AUGCCCCAUGGGAUGUAUGGGCUCUCGGCUGAACAGCGGGAGUUUGCCCUGUUGUGCCAGCCACAGGCGAACUUGUCUGUUGUGGAAGGGGGCGUAUUAAAGGUUGUGAGAUACUUUCAAAACAAAUUAGUGAAACAUUUCUUUCAUUUCUUUAUAGAUUCUGGACAACCAGGAAGUCCAAGCCACAAUGAUCCUGCCAAGAAUCCACCAGUGUACCUUGAGGACAGUUUUGUAAAAUCUGGAGUCUUCAACGUGUCAGAACUUGUGAGGGUGUCCAGAACACCCAUAACCCAGGGAACUGGAGUGAAUUUCCCAAUUGGAGAGCUUCCGAGCCAGCCAUAUUACCAUGAUAUGAAUUCGGGUGUAAAUCUGCAGAGGUCCUUGCCCUCUCCACCAAGCAGCAAAAGACCCAAAACUAUCUCCAUAGAUGAAAAUAUGGAGCCAAGCCCGACAGGAGACUUUUAUCCUUCUCCAAAUUCACCAGCUGCGGGGAGUCGGACAUGGCAUGAAAGAGAUCAGGUUUCUUCAUCAUGUUCACUCUCUUACACCUCACCCACCUCUGCCAACAGUCAAGAAUCAAGAUGCCAGUAUACCAUUAAAACUGAAACAGCUGGACCGCCUUCAUCUGUUGAUUGGCCAGCAGCUGUUGGACCCUCCACUUCUCAGGUCCCAACCCCCUUUGUCGGAUGCCCCUCAUCUGGACACUUGUCCCCUUUUUCUUUCUCCCCCCCCACUGGACAUUCCUUCCCCAUUGGGGUCCUUCCCGAUGGCUCUUUCCUUCUUGGGCCUUCCUCUCAUCAACUGUCAAAGAUGGAUGUUCUUAUUUCUGAAGUGAGGGAACUAAAAGAGGAAGUAGUUAAUGUGGUGCAGGAGUUGAGAACAGUAACAGAUCACCUUGGCUUUUUGGUGGCCUGUGUGGGACAGAGUUCAGGAAUUUUUCCAGCUCCUAGUGUUUCUUCUGAAGGUUAAUGCUUUAGAAACUCAUAGUCUCCAUCUAACAGAUGAAUUCUUCUUGCAAAGUUUUACCUUGAUGAAUAUCUGUUAAAUGUGUUUCUGUGUUUUUGACUCAGUCUGAGUUCUCAAAAUCCUUGUAUGUCAAAGCAUGUUUUAAAGCAAUUUAUGUCUUGUUAGUAACUUCUGUUACAUCUGCCUUUGUAUUUUCUAAUAUUUCAAAAUGCUCUUUAGUCAAUGUAUACACAUAUAAUGUACAUAUAUAUAUAU